UUGUCCAUAGAAGCAGCAGAGAGAACAGGUUAAUUUGCUAAUGCUUUCAUAUAAAAUAAAAUAUUAGGUUUUUUUUUUUUUUUUUACUUUAAGUUGGGCCCUACUAGGCUAAUAAAAUAACCACCCAUCAGAUAAAGAAAAGCCCAGGCUUUUAGCUUCAGAAUCUUAUCUCUUCUUCUCUUACCUUAAGUUACACCGCCCAACAAUUCCGCCGGAGUUAAAGAGCGCCAUCGCUGAACUGCCCACUGGCCGGAAUACUUUGAACUUUCUACUAUACUUUUCUUUUAACCGAAUAUACUCUCCUGAAACAAAACGAUAGGGUCAACUGCAAAAGAAAACUUCCGGCAGUACUCCGUUUAACAGAGAAUUUGGUCGGCCAGGGGGUCAACGGACCCCCUGACCCCCUAUAGAUCCGCCGAUGCCUCUACCUAUUUACGAGGACGAGGAGGAGGAAGUAGUGCCCGAAACUCAAAAUUUGGGCGACUAUGAAGAUGACACCGGCGACGAUGAAUAUAAUGUGAAUGAAGACGCCGACAACGAAGAAGAUGACGCUCGGGGUAAAAAGGCAAAAAUGGAGCGCCAAUCUUGGACAAAAUACCAAGAAGAGGCGUUGGCGAAGGCGUGGGUACAUUGCUCUACCAACAAAAAGAAGGGCAAUCAACAAACCCGCGAUGGUUUUUGGCGUAGGAUUUUAGAUCAUUAUAACGCCACCGUUGGUGGAAGUAACCGGACCGUGCAUCAAGUACGGUCUAAAUGGAACCCGAUGAUGACGAAAAUAAACUUUUUGAACGGCCUAUACCAACAAGCGGAUCGCACACGAGAAAGCGGGUGUAACGAUCUCAACGUGAUGAAAAUCGCUUUAAAGGAUUUUCAAGAUAGAUAUCCGAGCGGUUUUUAACAUGUCGAGGCAUGGGAGGUCGUUCGAAAACACGACAAAUGGGCCCAAGUCCCAUUGUUGGGUGAGGAAGGGGAAGGUUCGGCACAAAAAGAAAGUCUGUUGACGUGGACCCUUCCAUACCCGAUAUGAACGAAGACCCCUCGCCACAAAGAACACAACGGCGAGACAAGCGUCAAGCGACAUCGUCCGAGGGCUCGGCUGAGUUGGCGGCACAAUUCAAAGAGCACGUGAGUGAGAUGGAGGUGAUUGAAUUGAGGAAGAAAAGAGAGUCGGAGGCUCGCGAUCUCAUAACGGAACAACGCGAGACGAUGAAAAACUACGCGCACGAUCGAGAUAUGAAAACAUUCCUCAAGCCGCACGACGAUGCUCCGCCGGAAAUGUUGCCGUUCAUCCUCGCCCGAAAGCGCGAGAUCGCUAACAAGUACAAUGGCCGUGCAAUUUCUAAAAUUUUUAUGUAGUAUUGCGAUGUAAUUUUUAUUUUAUU